UAAAGACCUCAUGACACGUGGAAAAUAAAGUAAUAUACAUACACACAUUGAAAGUACACAUACAAAAUAGUCACUUGAAGUUGGUUUUAAUCAUUAUGAUAGAGAAAUUGAGUUUGUACGGCCUUUUAAAAGUGCGAUUUUUGCGAUCUGCUACCGACCUUCCUAUUAGUCAGUCACAUGACCUAUGACGUACACUCCGGAACGGCUCCUUGGUCAAGACACUAUCCCACCUGUCACUCACGACUAUCCUGACACCUGUCAACAACAUGGAUUCUGACAACUCCGAUUCAUCCUCGGAUCCUGACACAUUUUUCGAAGUGGCAGAGUCCGACCCAAUGCUGGAGGACAAUGUGAGGGGCGUUAUGCCCUAUAGAUACGAGCCAUACUUGGAUGAGUUGGAGCCACAGGGUUCUACGGAAAGUUCGGAUGGCGAGGCAGAAGGCGCUGUUGGUGGUGCUGCUGUGGCAGACGGUCGGAUGCCUAUGGAUUUUGGCAGACUACAGCACGUGGAAUGGUGUUCUUGUGGGAGAUGUGAGCCAAUGCCACUGGUAGUGGAGUCGGUGUGCUGCCGCGAACAGUCAAGAGUGUGCGAGAGGAGAGAGGAGGAGGGAGCAGACACCCGCUGCAUCACAGAACAUUCUGGCUUUGAGCCAGUUUGUCUGAAUCUGCAUGUUCUGCGCACCGCACAUUUCCACUAUCGGCAAGAAUACGGGGAUGUAGAGGGAAACGAGUGGAAGAGGUACACUGGAUACAGACAGUUUGUGCGAUGGUGCUACGAGUACCUGGGAAGACAUGUCAGGGUCCCCAUACCUUCCUGUGUGGUGUGGUGUAUCCGGAGAACUUUUCCCUCCAUUGAUUACAGGGGGUUCCAGGACACCAACAGCCCGUGAUGAUACAUGUAUGCUGUUAACUUGUUAAUUUUGUUUUUUUAGUUUAAAUACAUGAGUUUGUAAAUACAUGAAAAUGAAUGUCAAUACAUGAUACCUCUGGCUUCACAUGAAUGUGUCUUCAUUUUUACAACUUACAACAGCUUACAACAAAUAGGCCUAGCAAAUCAAUUUACACCUUCACCAUGGAAGGGUAGCUGAUAUUUUUGAUCAUACGGUGUCUAAGAUGUGCUGUACUUCAGGGACAAUGCAAUACAAGCCCACAUGGAUAAGGGGGAAAACUGUAGCAACACAGACAUACUACACACCCUGUAAUGACACUUUUCAGAACACCAAGGUGAGGAUGGAGCAGGAGGUUCCCAACACAGUAAAUCAAAGCACUCACGGCAAAGAUGAAAUUAAGUUUGUGUUUAUUCCAUUCAGUCCGGUUCUCAUGUGUACAUUUAGGUGUUAUUUGUAAUGCUAAAGCGGGUCAUAUGUGCAUUGACUGCUGCCCUCUUAUCCGGCUUUUCGAAUGAUGCAUUGAGUGGCUCUGUAACAGGGGACGGGUCUGGGAUGUCAAAGUCAUCACCGUUGUAGUCCUCACCUCGACACAUGGCCUCCACCAUCCGCAUCAGCUCUUCAGCAUAGCC